AUGAAAUAGAAAGGAAAAAAAGGGAGAGAGGACUUGUUGGAGUAACUAAAAUCUAAUCUAAACAUUAUGGGUCAUAAGAUGAGUAUUUUAAUAUAAGGUGCAGACGGAUAAAUAUAUUUGAAGGAACAUUUAUCAUCCAAAGGACAUCAACCUUAUGAUGAUCAAACCACAAUUCAUAUCGCUUCUGGAUGCAAAUGGAUUGCCAUGACUGUAAUAAUGAAGCUAGUUGAAUUAGGAUUAUUAAGUCUUGAUACUAAGGUGAUCGAUAUAUACCCAGAAUUUAAGAGUUCAAAUCCUAAUUUAUUGUUAAAGCAUUUGAUGACUCACACUUCAGGGUAUGUUUUAGCAGAUGAAUGGAUAUUUGAUUUGGAUAUCUCUUUAUAGGAAUCUGUUAUUGGAAUAGCAAAAGGAGGAAAGUACCCAGCGAGUAAGGUUAGUUUUCAGGGAGGUACUAAAGUUGGCUAUAGUGAUAUUGGAAUGUAAAUAGCAGGGGGAAUGGCAGAAAAAGUGACAGGAAAAUCAUUCCAUCAAUUAUUUAAUGAGUUCUUAGCUUAACCUCUAGGAAUGUAGAAUGCUCAGUUUACAGCUUUUGAUGGAGAGAAAGGUUAAAAUAUUGCAAUUGCUGAUGGUUUUUUAGUGAGGAUGAUUGACUAUGGUAAUUUUCUACGAAUGCUUCUCAAUCAUGGUUCUUUUAAUGGCAUACAAAUUCUAAAGGCAUCAACUGUUGAAUAAAUGCUCUAAGAUUACACUGAUGACUUGCCUGUAUCAGUAAAGGUCAUGAAAGAAGUAGUAGGAGAGGUAUCGGAUUCUUAUGGUUUUGGAAUUGGCUCUUGGGUUUAUGAUACCAAUGAUAAGGACGAACCAGUGAUCUUUUCGAGUUCUGGCGUGCAUGGAUUUGAAAAUUGGAUUGAUAUUGAGAAUGGAUAUUUGUGUAUAUUCUUCCUAAGAGCAGAUGUUGAAAAAGAACCAUAAAUUUCAGAUCUUAGUGAAUCCAUGAGACCUGAAAUUUUGGAAUUCUACUUGAAAGAGAGCAAAUAAAAAAAUAAUUGA